UGCCGAUUUCUAUACGGCUGCUCUCCGGUGCAUCCCCACGUGUGGUGAGAGAUUUUAUUCAAAUACCGGGAUGUCAGGAGACUGCUCGCCGAGGGUGCCGGGCCACUUGAGGGUGGACUAAUGAGAGGCGGCGGUUUGAAAAUGUCAGAUGCGGAAUGGCCAAUCCUAGACCAAAGUUCUCACGCGUCUCUCCACGUGCUGGCGUGUCUGUUUCCCGACAGCCAGAGAAGUUCGUUUAGUGAGUGAGACUGCCAGCACGGUUCACUUCUGGUUAUGAAAAAAUGGUCUGAAUUGGUAAUUCAAAGAGGGAACCGCAUUGCUACAUGCCUUUUGCAGCAUAAAUUACACUGUUUUUCGGGAAUUGACUCUGACAGCUGCAGAUCGUCAUUACACUACGCGUAUAUAUAAAUGUCGCAAGUAUCCCGAGAUGCAGCAGUUACUGCUGUCGUUCGAGAACAAGAGAUUCCAUUUUAUCUACAGCUGAAUAAUGGUUCACCUUUCCAAGCUUGUUGCGUCGCAGGCAAUCCUUCUCGGCGCCACUCUCGCGUCAUGCGCCUCGAUUGCUUCCUCCGUCACCAGCGAUGAUCUUGCGCAGAUCAAGCACAUUGUUCUGUUUAUGCAGGAGAACCGUGCUUUUGACCAUUACUAUGGAACCAUGGCCGGUGUCCGUGGCUUCAAGGAUCCCAACGUCAAGAUCACCAACGGAAAGAGCGUCUGGUAUCAGCCUACUUCCAGCGACAAGGCUGACUACCUGUUGCCCUGGUACUUGAGCGGCGACGGAACUUACUCUGAGAGUGCUCAGUGCAUGGUUGCCGGCAGUAACGAUUGGUCGCCUAACCACAACGCCUGGAACUUUGGCGACAUCAACGGAUGGGUUACCAACAACACCGCCUGGUCUUGGGGUCACUUCAAGCGCGACGAUAUCCCUACCCAUUUCGGUAUUGUUGAGGGUUGGACUGUGGGAGACAUGUACCAGGAGAGUGUGAUUGGCCCUACCAACCCCAACCGUGUCACCUGGGUCUCUGGAACAAUCAACAUCGAUGGCUCCCAGGGAGAUGUCGAGACCUACGGAGGUCGCUACAUCGAGAACCACGAGACCGACGGAUGCGAGACCGGAUCUUCUGGCAUCGAGUAUGCCUGCUACCCUCUUGCCUGGAAGACGGUUCCCGAGUACUUCGAGGACGCUGGAAUCUCCUGGUUCCUGUUCCAGGACGAGGACAACUUUGACGAUAAUCCGCUUGCGUUCUUCUCUAACUUCCAGGACGCUGAUUCUAACUCUACCCUUGCCGAAAAGGGCCUUGCCUAUGCUGGGCUUGAGUCCUUCUACGAGAUGGCUGCUAACGGAACUCUUCCCGAGGUUUCCUACAUUGUUGGCCCUGCUGAGCUUUCGGAGCAUCCUCCUUACCAGCCUGUUGACGGUGCUUGGCUGCAGCAGCGCAUCUUGGACGCUAUCACCAGCUCGCCCAAGUACAACGAGACGGUUUUGAUCUACUCGUACGAUGAAACCGGAGGAUGGGGUGACCACGUUCCUCCUGUGCUCUCUACCAACGGAACUACCGGCGAGUGGUUCACUGAUCCCGAAGAUCCUGACAACUACGUUCCCUCCGGUCCUGGUUUCCGUGUUCCCUUCUACGUCGUUUCUCCCUGGACUCGUGGCGGCAAGGUUUUCACUGAGCCUGCUGAUCACAACUCCCAGAUCUUGUUCCUGGAGCAGUGGGCAAAGGCCAUUGGAAAGGACUUCACGUCUGCUGAGAUGACCACCUGGAGACGCGAGCACAUGUCCAACCUUAUCAACAUGUUUGACUUUGAGAACCCUGAUUACUCUAUUCCUACCAUCGCCAACACUUCUUACCCCAGCAUCGCGUCGGAUGGCAGCUACAACGGAUACUCGCUCUGCGAAGAAAAGUACUCGACUCUCUACGACCGUCGUACUCCCGUCCCCUACGGAAACCAGACGGAGGACGACUCUCUCUACACCGAGGACGGUUACAAGGAGGUACGCGGCCAGCUUACCGAGGGCCGUUACCUUGUGUUCACCCAAACGUCCGAUGACGUUGAGUAUGCGCUCAAGUCUCACUACUCGUCGAGCUACCUCAAGAACGCCGAGGCGAGCGAUGACUACUCUGCCUCCGUCGAGCGCUUCGUAUUGAUCCAGGUCGGCGACGAGUUCUCGGAUGAGUUCUACAUCAAGUCGAUCCACAACACUUAUCUGCACUACUCUGGCGAGUUCUACUCGUCCAAGGCCGAGGCUUCGACUUUUAUCAUCGACUUCACCGCAAGCGAGGGAUACACUAUCUACUCUGAGAAACUCGGCAAGUACUUGGCAGUCAGACCCUCCAAGGCUUCGCCUGCUUUCUCGUCGAAGAAGUCCUACUUCACCGUCUACUCUGUGACUUACUAAAGAGUUGGGCGAGGUGCUAGUUUGUAGUGGGGUACUGUUAUAGCUAUUCUAGAAGGUGUAUAGAAACUUAGAAAAGCAAAUGCCGUUAGAUGAUCAAUAUAAAUAAUGAUUCAAGAUAAAUUA